AUGCCCAAACCGAAGAUUUUGAAACGUUCAGCUGUAGUUCAACCUGGAAUUCAGGCAGUACCUGUUAAAAAAGCGACACCGGAGAAAACAGGCCAAAAGAAAGUGUCUGGAAAAGAAAACUCAUCAGCUAGAAAUUUAACAACGAAGUUGGAGGAAGAUUUGGAAAACUUGGCUUUUGAAGAUGAAUCUGUUACGAUGGCUCGAUCUGCAAUCGAAAACUACUUUAUGCAAGGGAAAUCUGCUUCUAUGAACAUUGCGAAAGCAAGACGAGGAAAGCGUGCUGAAAAUCCAGAUGACAACGAUGAUGAGGAUGGCGAUGAACGUGUUAAUAAAAUGAUAGCAGAAUUCACAAAGUGUGAUCUUCCUGGACUCCGGGAUUACAUCAACAAUAAAGAUUCUUCGGCGUUCGACAAACAGCUAGAGAAUCUUGCGGAUACCGAAUUCCAAAAGUGGAAGCUGUACCUUGCUUCUGGAUUCAAUAUUUUGUUGCAUGGAGUGGGAUCGAAACGUGAAGUUCUCACAGAGUUCGAAGACGAGCUAUCAGGUUAUACAUACAUGCGAGUAGACGCUCGUAAAGAUGGAAUUAAUAUGAAAGCUCUUUUGAAUGCCAUCAAUGAAAACAUGAAACUCAACUGUCCAUUGAAAAGAAGUCAGACUACAAUAAGUUGGGCUCGGGCAAUUAAAAGAAAAAUGUACGGACAGCAGCUGAUUCUCGUUAUAGACAAUAUUGAAGCUCCCGACUGGAGAAACGAUCAAGAGGCUUUGUGCGAACUUCUUGAAAACAAGGAUUCUAUAAAACUUAUUGCUACUGUUGAUCAUGUCUAUUCAACAUUUAUCUGGAAUUCUCGGCAACUAGCAUCCCUCUCUUUCGUCCAUAUCACUUUGAAUACUUUUGAAAUUCCGCUGCAAGAAAUGAUGACUGGAGAUUCUCGAAUCCUGGGAUUAGAUUCUGGUUCUAGUCAGUCCGUUCAUACAUUGUCUUCUCUUGAUGCUUUCUGGAAGUCGCUUGCUUCCAAUUCGCAAAAGUUAUUCAAACUUUUCUUCCAAAUGUAUUUUGACACCAAAAAACCUGUGAAAUUCUGGGAUUUGUUCAAUGCUGCCAAAGAUGAUUUCAUCGCCUCAACUGAUUCUGCACUACGUACUCAGCUUGUCGAAUUCAAGGAUCAUCGUGUUUUGAAGUGGACCCGUGGAGAUGACGGAAACGAUCAGCUGUCCGGCAUUGUCGAAUUGAAAUUGGUGACCGAAUUUCUCGAGUCAAAGAACAUGCCACUGGACGAAAAGAAAGACGAGUAG